CUUGUCUUCUUUUACGACGCAGGCGGAACUCAGCCUGCAAGGGGAUGACUUCACCCGGCAGAUGUGGCACAUGUACAACACCUUCGAGGACGUGGUCGUGGGAGGGACGCUGCCGCCGACUGACCACCCGGCCGGUGACGCCCAGCAGCAACAGCAGCAGCACACCUUGCCGCCGAGUCAACAACCGCUGCCGUCGGCAGCAGCCGACGACACAGCAGCGCCUGCCGCCGUCGCUGUCGGUAGCCUGCGUGGAGGCGACGCUGCCGCCCCGGCACAGACGACGGCCGCUCCGCGACCGCCGAAGCCCGUUCGCAUCCCAUCCUCGCCCGACGUUCGACGGGACCCGUCGUCGCCGACGGCGUCGCCCGGCGCUCGCCGGAAGAAGAGGCCGAUGUCUCAGCGCUGCUCGUACGCUGCUUGCGGUAGCAGCGGAAGCAGUACCAGUAGCAGCAGUAGCGGCAGCCAGCAGCAACGAAGCUCUCUGUCUUCCUCCGGCAAUCCGCUGCUGGACACGAUCGGCUCCAUGACGUACGACCCGUGCUGCGAGUCGGACGACUACUACGACCUGGCCAGCGUGUACCUGCAGCGGCGCCAGGCGCGCCAGCACAGUGACGGCGAGUCCAUCGCGUACGCGGGCUCUAUCGACAGUGGCUACAAGAGCCUCUGCCCGACGCCCGAGAUACCGGACUACGAUGCCGAAGCCAAAUCCUCUAGUAAGGCUGUCGUCGCUCUGGCGCAGCCCUCUACGGUGGCUGCGACGACGGCCAGGCUCGCAGCGCCCGCUUCCGCGGGAGGACAGCAGGGCCACAAGCCGACGCAGGAGGAGCUUGACGCCGACCUUGAUCACUUGAUGCAGCUGCGCCAGUCCCUGCUGACGGCCAUUGCCCGUUGCGAGUCGCCGGUGAGCCCCAAGAGCAGUAGCAGCAGUCCCCGUGCGGGCUCGGCGGGCGACAAGACGGUGAGGUUCAGCACCGAGAAGCUGACCUCGGCGCCCUCGUGCUCGCCGGCCAAGGCGCCCGGAACGCGGGCCAAGCCCAUCCUCAAGGACCCGCUUUGUGCCAAUCUGCGCGCCAACCUCGAGAGGCCCGACAGCGGCGGGACCUUGGAAGAAGAGAUCGACAGCCUCCUUUGUGGGGGCAAGCCCGACUACUACGACCUGGAUGCCCGGUUCCCGCCGUCAACGUACGUGACCAUGGUCGAGGAGAAGUACCGCUCCAACGCGGGAUACAGCGUCGCCAAGGUUAAGUGCUUGAAAGACAAAUCCCAAGAGACCUCCAAAGACCACAAUAACGCAGCGUUGACAGCCGAACCAAGCCGGCGUUCCCAAAGUCACAGUAGGCAACCGCACCAAAAGCCGCAACAUCACCAACAGGACCCCGUGCAGCUGGCAUUGGGCACGUACAGCCCUCCGAUGGCUGCAGAACCACCUGUUUCGCGCUCAGAGAAGAGCGGUGCUGGCCACCCUGUCCCCACGCCACGUUGUUCGGCAGCUCACGCGACGACCGCUGCCAGCAGUGCGAAGCCGUGCUCUCCCAAGCCUACUCUCAUGCGCUCUGCCAAGUCACGCUUCAACGAGGUCGCCAAGUGCAUGCUCGAGAUUAUUGAGGACCUUCAGCACAAGAAGAUCACGGAACCACGACCAGCGAAGACUUCUUCCAGCAAGCUUUCCGUGGCGGCGACAACAGCCGCGUCCUCCUCAACGCAGCCUCUACGCGACACCCACAUCGGUGGUUCCAGAGGAGGGAACACUACGACGCAGCCGCGUCAACAGCAGCAGCAGCAGCAGACCCAGAGGCCACUCUCAGACUCGGAGUACCACGUCUACGAGGAGGUCCUGUACGACUUUGUGAACUCGACCGGAAGCGUGACCUCCGAGCUCCAGCGGCCACCGCCGCCGCUGCCGGCGAGGCCCAGUGAACCGGGCCACCGACCUAAGCAGAGGAGCAACCUGUACUCUCUGGUACGUAACCAGGAGGAGAGGCGCAACAUAUCCAAGUCGCUCGAACAGGAGUGGUCCGGUGACAGGGCGGGGCGGUUGGAAGACGAGUACGGGUUUCGCUCUGUGACCAACUCUUAAGACUGUGCGCGCGCGUUAUAAAAGGUGGUCAGGGCUUCUCCUGGUGACCAUCCUGAUUCAACUGUGCACGUGUCAGUGUUGGGACAUUCUGACGUCAUACACAGCGUUACCCGGCAAGAAUCGAGGAACUCUUGCUGCAAUAGUUGGCGUGAGGGCUCGCUGAUGCUUGUGGAUACAACGUGACGCUGGACUUGUGCACGCGUGAGCAACGUUUGACAGCGUAGUGACUUACUCGGGCAACGCGAGUGCUCACACGAGUUCGCUUACCAAGCGCAGCAGCGUAAAGACUAUUUCGGUCAAACAAAAUAUUUAAACAUUCUCUCAGGGGAUACAAAAGCCCGUGUGUUCAAAUGUACUACUCUUUGUGCAUCAUGAUGGACGCAUAUGGGCAAACGGUGAGACAGAAAUGAGACAAUAUCAUUACUGUGGGCAUGCAACCUCGCCUAUUGCUGUUGCCUCGAGAAUAGAGUGCACAUGGACACGCAAGUGAACGUUUGGGCCAACGUUAGUAUACAGAUAUAUAUGGCUUGUUCAGAGAGUUGUGGCCAAAACUUACGUAACAAGUAACGUACCUUGUUGAAAAGUUCAGCGUUAUCUGAUAUUAAUUAUAUGCAGGCA